AUGUUGUGGUCUUAUGGUGCUGAAUUGAAGAGGGCUUCAGCAGGCAAUACUUUCAAAAUCAACACAGCUGCUCUAGCUCCAAGUUUGAGGCCAAGAUUUGAAAGGUGUUAUCUUUGCUUUGAUGGGACCAAGAAAGCUUUGACAAAAACAUGUAGGCCCUUUAUUGGCUUGGAUGGAUGCCAUUUGAAACAUAGGUAUGGUGGAAUUAUGUUGAUUGCAGUGGGAAGAGAUCCCAAUGAUCAGUAUCUUCCAGUUGCUUUUGCUGUAGUUGAGAGUGAGACAAAAGACACAUGGAGUUGGUUUAUGAAGUUACUAAUAGAGGACAUUGGAGAUGACAGAUGGUGUUUCAUAUCUGAUCAACAAAAGGGCCGGAUGCAAGUAUUUGAAGAAGAGUACCCAUCUUGUGAACACAGAUUCUGUUUGAGACACCUAUAUGCAAACUUCAAAAAGAAGUUUGGAGGAGGUACCUUGUUCAGAGAUUUGAUGAUGGCAGCUGCUAAGGCUACCUAUUUUGAGGCACAUGAAGCAAAGAUGCUAAUGAUCAAGGAGGCCAAAUUGGAAGCUUAUGAAUGGUUAGAGGCAAUUCCUAAGAACAAAUGGUGUAAGCAUGCUUUCCCCUUUUUCUCAAAAUGUGAUAUCUUGAUGAACAAUUUAAGUGAGUCUUUUAAUGCCACCAUAUUACUUCAAAGGGACAAGCCAAUAAUUACAAUGCUAGAGUGGAUUAGGAAUUAUAUGAUGGGUAGGUUUGCAAUCCUUAGAGAAAAAGUGGAAGGAUAUAAGGGACAAAUAAUGUCCAAACCAUUGAAAAGGCUAGAUAGAGAGAUUGAGAAGAGUGCAAGUUGGUUAGCCACAUAUGCUGGUAAAUUAUCUUUUCAAGUUACACAUGUACUUUUUAGUGAGAGCUAUGUUGUUGACCUAGAAAAACAUACUUGUAGUUGCAAUUUUUGGGAUCUUGUUGGUAUACCAUGCAGACAUGCAGUGGCAGCAAUAUAUAGGAAGGUGGAUGAUCCUGUGUCAUAUGUAAGCAAGUGUUACCAUAAGAGCACAUAUGAGGCAUGCUACAGUGAAAUAAUCACCCCACUGAAUGGGCAUAAUAAAUGGCCCAGAACAAACAAUCCAGACAUGUUUCCACCACUCUAUAAACGUGGUGCAGGUAGGCCAAAGAAGCUACAUAGGAGAGAGCCUGAUGAAUCUAACCAGAAUAAGUGGCAAAGGACCAAUACUAGUCAUAGAUGCAAGGCCAGUCAAACUGCUGAAGAUGUUCCAGCUGUUGAAGAUGUUCCAGCUGCUGAAGAUGUUCCACAUGCUGAAGAUGUGCCCACACAGGCCAGUCAAACUCACCAAGCUACUAAUGCAGCUAAGAAAAAGUCUCCACCUAUUGAUAAGUUUGCUGAAUGGGAUGCUUCCACACUUGAGGCCUUGCUGGAUUGGGAAGACGUUCUAAACAUCCAGCCUUUGCGUGUGGACACUACAACAGUUGAGCCUGAACAAGAACCUAAUGUGAAUGAAAAAGCCAAUGCACCAGUGGAUCAGGACACUACACCAGUUGAGCCUGAACCUGAAACCGAUGAGAAAAAAAACGUCAGUGCACCAGUUGAGCAGGACAGUGCACCAGUUGUUGCUAAGCCUAGGUCUGGACCAAGAAUGUUCUUUGGUCAAGCUCCUAAAAGGGCCAAAAUCCAGACCAAGCCAAUUAAAGAGAAAGCAAAACAAGUUCAAACCAAGCCCAGAAAAAGUAACACUGAUAUGCAGGUACCAAAAAGGCAAAGUGACCGGCUGAGGACCCUGAAGACAAGGGAUGUUACAGGACCUGGAAAAAGACCAGAUGACCCUUUGGUGAUCCCUGAGGAAGGUGAUGCAAGUGAGGAUUCAACUUGUCGUGCAAUCAAUACAAAGAAAUGGGAUGACAUUUACAAAGGAUUGACUAGUGAAACAAGUGUUUGA